AUGGCAGGGUUGUCGUCGUCGUCCCGCUCCGUCCUGCUCCUCGUCGUCCUCGCGGCGGCCGCGGUGGCCGCCUUGUCCGCCGCCCCCGCCCCGGAUGAGUCCGGCUCCGACCCGAGCGUGAUGGCGCCCGUCGAGCACACCCCGAUUGGCUCCUUCGAGGGCGCCGACGGGCCCGUCGCCGACGACGCCACGGAGGACAAGGACGCCGCGCCCGUGGGGUCCCCCAUCGGCACCACCAUGACGGAGCCCAAGCCGGAGCUCGCGCCCCCUGGGCCUCCCGACAGCGGAGCCACCGCUGCUUCAGCGCUCGUGGCCGCAAUUGCCGCCGGCGUGGCGGCCGCCGGCGCCGUCUUUGUUUUCUGA